CCAUACGUAAUUGUCUAUUCAAAUACGGUCCAGUGCUCUACAGAAUCCUGGAUCCGCCGCUGGUUAUAUAUAUCACUUAUUAAGAAUGAAAACCCAAUAGACAAUAAAGAACAAAUUCCACCAAAUAAAAUUUGAGCAAAUUCAUAGUAAGUGCAGAAAACCAACCAUUUAAAAUAACAUAUGCAAACCUAUAUUACCAUGAAGCAGCUAAAUGUUAAAGCAUACACACAUAAAUGGAUAUGUUAUACAAUUCCAUACACCAAUCAAAUGAGGCCUUCCGUCCUAACCCUCCCAAUCAUGCUUUUGGUGCUCACAAAAAUUAAAACUCAUGAUACUAAACUGCAUAACAUCCAAAGAUAAGCAAAAGGCGAAGAGUGACAUACUUGGGACUGAAAUAACAGGCACUCAAUGCAUCCUUCGUACCACCAAAGGAACUUCCUUCCUCUCCUAGCUAAAGUUGCAAUAUGGCAAUCAACGCAAGUGAGCUGAGCUUUCAACUUGAUGACUAUAAAAAAGAUGCAACAUAGCUAAGAAAAACUGCAAUUUGAAAUUAAUUAGAGACAAAAUUCAAUUUAACUUACCACCCUAAAGGCGCUCUCAGCAUCUACUUCAGCUAGUGUCAAACCUUCAAGGAGACACAAAUUGUCCGUCCUUUCCCUUAACACAAUGGAACAAACCAAACAAAUAAGUUUCUGUUUCUUGUCAAUGUAUCACGUUCAAUCUUAGAAAAACAUCAUACUAAGAACAAAAUGAGAAUAUUACAUGGCGUUGCAGCAAAGUUAUAAUUAGUUGGACCAGUGUUUGGGGCAGAAGAAGUGUCUCCGCAAUGUUUCGGCGACAUUGCUGCAAUCGUUCCACACCCGGCCGAAAACCAAUGUAGAAAUUACGCCUUAUCCCGUAGGUCACAGUCCGACUGAAACGAUUCAAACUGAUUAAGUUAGCAGUAGCAUAGCUUGCCCAUUCGAAAAGAAAAGGUAGAGGGGACAUCGCACACAUGCUCUAUAAAAGUAAACAUAAAAAAAACUAACUACCGAAGUUAGCUUACAAAGCAGAAUGGUCAAAGUACCCGCGCGGAGAAUUUGCUCGGCCACUCGAUUGUAAUGCGCGAGGCUGAGGGCUUUUCUUCUGGGAGGGGUUAGUAUAGGGACGGCGAGAAAGACAAAUUGCAUCGGGAGACAGACGGAGAGAGAGCGAGAAGAGUGGGGAUUUUUCCCGGGGGAUCGAAGAGGAGGGCUUUUCUUCUGGGAGGGCUCGUAGAUGGACGACGAGAAAGAAAUUAGGGCCGGGAGACAAACGAAGAGAGAUCGAGGGGAGUGGGGAUAUUUUCCCAGGGGAUCAAGAUGGAGGACUUUCUUCUAGGAUGAGAUAGUACGAAGACGGCGGCAAAGACAGAUUCCGCCGACUGCCGAGAGACAGACUGCAAGAGCUCGGCAGUGGGGACUUUUCCCGAUGAGUUGCAAGACGGAGGAAACAGCAACACAAUAAUGAUAGGAGAAGUACAGUGAGGGUAACAAUGGGUGACGGAAGGUACUUAAGGGUUUUAGUGUGGUUAAAAUGACGGUGGGAGUGUUGAUUUCCGAUUCAGAUUGGGAAGAGAGGAGAGAAAUGGUCGCAGGAAAGAUAGACUGCAAGAAAGAGAGAGUUUUUGAAUAGACAAUAAUAGCCCUCCGAACUGUGCGGCUAUUACAGCAUAGGCUGACGUGGCAAAGGCUGUAUAUUGACAUUGCUUUAUAGUGUUUUGUAGAUGGUUGUAAUUGGGAAAAGAAGAUUUAAUGGUCAAUUUUAUAGAAGGUUAGGAAGGGAAAAAUGUGGUCGGACCAAAUUUGUUGCAUGUUGUCCGAAUAUUUGGACGAAGUGGCGCAGAUUUCUAUACACUUUUCAAACCUGCUACGAAAAUCAACAUACCAUAUCAUAUUCAUUUUAUGUCGAAUUUGAAAAAAAAAAUCUACGUAGAAAAAUAAGAUUUUUUAUGAUCUACAAGAUUCUAUCCAUUUUGAUAUUUUUUAGCAAAAAAUAUUUAGGUCAUGUCAUAUCAAAUGAGUUCAUAUCAAGUUCAUGUCAUUCAUAUUAAGAUCGUAACAAUUCUAUCUAUCAUUCAUAUAAUUUCAUAUCAAUAUCAUCUAUCAACAUUUCAUUCAUAUCAAUAUUGUAUCAGUUCAAUACCAUUCAUCUCAAUAUCAGAUCAGAUAAGUUCAUAUCACUAUCAUGAUAUAUUCAUAUGAUAGUGAUAAUACUACAACUGAUACGUAUUUGAAGAGUUCAUUUUUCUUUGCUCAAAAUAUGACAUAAUGGCCAUCAAUGUAUAGAUCAUAAUCAAUGCAUUAUUUCUAUAAAAAAUAAAUAAAUAAAAAUUCGGAGUUAAAAGAAUUUUUGUAGGAUAUGAUUAAGAAAAAUAAGGAUUAGGAAAAGUACCUUCGCUCUCUUCUGAAUUCAUGUCACGGUUGUCAGGAUAAAAACCCAGGGUUAGCGGAAUUAUCAAUCCACCCCUAUUUUUUUUUUGUUGGAAAUUAUUCUGGACCAUUAUUGGAAGAGAAGGGAUGGACGAUGGAUGAUGGGGUUUUGUAGGGAUUUUGUUGAUAGAAGUUUUGUAGCCUACUCGCCUUAGAAAUAGAAUAUGGAAAAGAAUAAAAUACAAUUUUUUUCUACAAAAGUUUAAAUAUCCCUAAACUGAGAGGAUUAAAUAAGAAGCCCAAGUUCACAUACUGAUUCAGAAUUCUUAUAAAUCCAUCUUUUCUUAAUCAAUUCCUAUCUCUUUUGUUUCAAAUAUCAAUUGAAAAAAUAUUAUAUAAAAAAGAAUGCAUUAACUAUAAUCUAGAUAAUGAUAUCCAUUUUAUUUUUAAAUGAUGCUAUCAUAUUGAUUGUCACAGUAGCAAACUCAUAUUUGUUGGGUAGGUCUGUCGGCUGAUAAAAACAACUUUAAUCAUUUUUAUUAAAAUAAAAUAAUUAAAAAAUAAAAAUAAACUCAAAAAAUUUAUGAAGUUAUUGAUUUUUUACUAGCUCCUAACUACACAAUUAAAUUCCGACUAAAACCCAAAUGCAAACUCUAUAAAGUAUGACCCUCCUAUUUGGAAAGGAAUGUGGGCUCUUGAUGUUCCACCAAAGCUUAAGUUCUUUAUAUGGCAAUGUCUGAAAGUUAUUUUGCCAACUACGACGGCUCUUAGGUCCCGAGGAAUUAACUGUCAAGUUCGUUGUCCGGUUUGUUGGGAUAGUCAAGAGACUAUUGAACACCUUUUUUUCCAUUGUCCUCCUGCUCUUCACCUCUGGAAUAUGGUGGGAUUAAACAAUUUACUUCUCUCCGCCCCAAUCAAAAACUUCGGUAUCUGGUGGCGACAUGUUAUGAAAACGGAAAACUUCCAAAUCCACUAUCUCCCCUGCAUUUGCCUUCUUUGGAGAAUUUGGAAAUCUAGAAAUAAAGUGGUCUUUGAAUUUACUCAACCACUAGCCACCUCGCUUGCCCGCCAAUUUUUCUUCCAAGUCCAAGAAUAUGCUUCAGUGUCUUCCCUCCCCCAGAUCUUGUCUCCCCGCCCUCAGCCCUCUCGCAUCUCCAGUUGGCUUGGUCCUCCCGACGGUUUUAUCAAGAUCAAUUUCGAUGCCGCUGUUCGUGUUCCGGGUUGCUCAUCAGGUCUCGUCGUUCGAGGAUCAGAGGGGCAAGUUUUUUUGGCCUUGGGAUUCCACCAUCCAGGAGUCUCGGAUCCCUAUCUUGCAGAACUGAUGGCCGCCAGAGACGCCAUCUCUUUAGUUCACUCUCGCAGUCUUCCUCUGGCCAUCAUUGAAGGUGAUUCUGAAGUAGUUAUCCGGCAACUUGAUGGUAGAUGCUGUGAAGACUCGGUGGGCGGGCCUUUGCUUCGUGAUUGUUUCCAGUUAUUGAGCUCUUGUUCUUCUUGUAUUCGCUUUUGUUCGGUCCCGAGGACUGUCAACUGGGCUGCCCAUAGAGUGGCAAGACAAGCCCUGCUGCUGUCCCCUGUAGAGAUAGCGUCCUUCGAUUUUGUAGGGUGGCUUCAUUAAUUGUCUUUUUGGGGUUUUAGGUAGAAGAUUUAACUAUUGUACUAUGGCAUUACUUGGAAAAAAAAAAAAAAACUCUAUAAAGUAGGCAAGUGUUUUAAUUGUCAACCUGAGGCGGUCCAUGUACUCCUAGUCUCCUACUUCAAUCGCUUAAAUUGUUACUUAGCUAAGGAUUCAUGGUUAAAAGCUAAAGAACUACAUUUCUAAAUUUUUUUCUAUAUCGCAUAUUUUUAUUCUAUUGAAGAUGAAUGUAUAAUUUAGAUUGAGAAUAAAAAGCAUGAUAGAGUGGGGAAAAAAGAAAUAAAUAGGAAAUUUGUUGAGACUUGAAAUGUCAAUACUGAUGAUUAACAUGGGGAACUGUUUUCAGCGUGAUCCUUCAAAAUAAAUGCCCAAACCCCAAACGCAACUACUACGAACGAGGACGACUCUACCCACCCACCCAGCCAAUAGUCACUCAAGUACAAGGAAAGGAAAGGAAAUAAUAGAAGGUCAAUUCAAUUCAUAGAAAAGCCCACCAGAAACGCUUCUCUGUUUCAUUUCCGUAUCUUCUCUCUCUCUCUCUCUCUCUCUCUCUCUCUCUCUCUCUCUCUCUCUCUCUCUCUCUCUCUGAUCAUCAUAAUCCAAAUAAAUAGUAGUUGUUCAUAAAAUAAAUAGUAGUUGCUGCUGAUGCGGAGGAUGAAACUGGUGGUGGUGGUGUGGUUUGGGAUAUUGACGAUAUCUGGAAUUUGAAGAGCAUCAAAUAAAUAGUAGUUGUUCAUAAAUCGAUCGUAAUAAUUAGUAUCGUUUUUACAUUUUCUCAAAAAAUGCAUAUUACGAAUACCACGGACAACGAAACGUGGUAAACUUUACAUUUAAAAUUAUCAAAGUUUUAAACGAACUACGUGGACUUUGAUCCUGUAUUACGGGUACGUAGACAAGCGAUAAGGUUCGAGUCCAACUAACUAAUUUUUUAUCUUUAAACGAACGCCAAUGGGCAUAUAAUAAAAUCAUAAACUAAUACAACAUAAUUUUAAUGUUUUAGUGGGAUCCAAAAAAUACAUAAUUGAAAAAUACACCCAACUAAUAUACACUUAUCAACUUAGGUAGUACCGAUUUAGAGUGUUGUGGAGGUGUUGCUUACCUUCCCCACACGUAAUUGUACUCUCGAACCCAUAUCUCCCAUUCGCAGACUAAGUCUCAGUUUUGACCCUAAGGUUAGAGCCGACCAAUGAGUGUUCAAUCCACUCCAAGUAAGAUUGAUGGCGAUUCCAAAAGAGAACGCGACCCGACUCUAGAGGGACGGUUGCGACAGGGAGUUCUAGAGAGAGUAUGAGUUAUUGAGUGAUCUUGGAGCUUAAUUGAAUGCAUUGAUCAAGCUUGGAAGCAAGGAAUCAAGCCUAGAAGAAGAAGAAGAUCUUGGACUCCAAUUUGUAAUCUCUCUCUUCUCUCUCUAGAAACUCAUCCCUUCUCUUUGGUUUAAGAACCCUAAGUCUAGAUUUUGUUUCAUUGUUGAUGUAUGUGACAAAUUCUAUCUAUGAUUGAUGAAUUUAUCUAUUUGAUCGAUGUUUGGUAAGGAUUGAAUGAGUUUGGAUCCCUUGACUUGUCAAUUGAGCUUUGACCUAGGAGGGAGAAAAUCCCCUUAGAGCCCCCCUAUUGGUGUCUUCGGGUCACUCCAAUCGUAUAUUAUCCGGGAAAUCUGUGAGGGAGUUGAUUCCAUUGGUCUCCUAGCAAUAUAUGAAACUCUAGGUUGAAUAGUGCUCUUACCCAUCCAUCACUUCGUCGUUCCGGGUCCGUCCCGAGUGAGUCAAUCUCAUAACCGUAGGAUAGUGAAUCGAUCGAGUUAGAAUAGUACUCAACAUCGAUCCAAAUGUUAGAAAUAGGGGGAUUUAACCCAAGAGAUCUCCAAACCUUGUAAUAGCUAGGUUAGUGGUUAGUCUAGGUUAGUUAGUUUGGUUUUAUUAAUCACUAUCCUAGGUUGGCUAGAUAACGAACCCUAAACCUAAAGUAGGGUAAGCCUAGAUCUCCGUGGUACGAUAAAUUCUUAUUGCUUACUUGCCCUAUGCUACACCUAGUCGCCGGUGAUACUUGGCCGGCUAUUGGGAUGUUGUAGUUAGAACGAGUCAGUCAACCAAACGAAAUAGUUCGAUUGGCUAAAGGGUUAUAGGUAUAAUAUGCCCCUCUACUAUGUCGUUUUAUCAAACAUACCCCUUUACUAUUUUUUUACAUCAAACAUGCCCCUAUAGUUAGGAAAAAUUAUCCAACAUGCCCUUCUGUUAAAAUUUUCCCCAAAAAAUUGUCAAUCAUGAUUGAACCGAGAUUUAGACGAUCUGACAUCGGCAAAUGGGAGGAAAAAUGUCAGUUUUGUCCCCUAUUUUAGUUCUCUAGGUCCAGUCAAAGUGAAAUUGUUAGAAUUAUUGGCUAUACAAAGAGAGAGAAAAUUCUAAAGUGAAAUUAUUAGAGAUAUUUUAGACAUUUGUGUUGUCCAAACCAAAGUUCGGUCGUGAUUAAUGAAUUUUUGAUGAAAAUUUUAACAGAAAGGCAUGUUUGAUCAUUUUCCUAAAGUACAUGACAUGUUUGAUGUAAAACAUAGUAGAUAGACAUAUUUGAUAAAACAAUAUAAUAAAAGAGCAUAUUAUACUUAUAACCCAUUAGCUAAUGCUAAAAAAAACUACUACCACCCUAACCUUUCAGCUUUCACGACUGAGGAAUCAGUGGGGUCGUGGAUUGUAUAAUAAACUCGGUAUAAUCCUCUGCCAGCUGGAUUAUUUACUAUUUAUUUAUUAUCUUUAGGUAACUACUGCAAUUGCCAAUUGGGCGCGCCUAAAAUAAUAACUUAUUAUAACGCAGAGUAAAAUGUUCCUUUAAAA